GUUCCCCUGUCGGUGAGGAAGUGCUUGUCCCCGCGUGUGCCGGGGCGCCCCGGCCCGCCUGGCCUCGCCGAGAGCGCCGCGGACGCGGACUCUGCGGACCCAGGUGUCUGUGGCUUGCACGACUUUCCUGUGGAAAGCAGAACGAGUGUGGCAAAGAAGAGGUUCUCUUGGGGGCCAUGUGACUAGGCGCUGUUUGAGUGGACACAGUGCUCUGUACUCAGCCUCCAUCUCCAUCAUCUGGCCUCCUGCAUUGACCAUGCCCGUGCCCACUGAAGGCACCCCGCCACCCCUGAGCGGCACCCCUGUCCCAGUCCCAGCCUACUUCCGACAUGCAGAACCUGGCUUCUCCCACAAAAGGCCCGGAGGCCUCGGCCGGAGCCUCCCACCCCGGCCUCCUGCCAAGGGUAGCGUGCCUAUUAGUCGUCUUUUCCCUCCUCGGACCCCAGGCUGGCACCGGCCCCAGCCCCGGAGGGUGUCAUUUCUAGAUGAGGCGUCCGAGACCCUGCAGAGUCCUGGGUAUGACCCUAAGCGGCCAGAGUCCUUCUUCCAGCAGAACUUCCAGAGGCUUAGCCGCCUUGGCCACGGCUCCUAUGGAGAGGUCUUCAAGGUACGCUCAAAGGAAGAUGGCCGGCUCUAUGCUGUCAAGCGCUACAUGUCACCAUUCCGAGGCCCCAAGGACAGAGCCCGCAAGCUGGCUGAGGUAGGCGGCCACGAGAAGGUGGGGCAGCAUCCACACUGUGUGAAGCUGGAGCGGGCCUGGGAGGAGGGCGGCAUCCUGUACCUGCAGACAGAGCUUUGUGGGCCCAGCCUACAACAACACUGUGAAGCCUGGGGUGCCAGCCUACCCGAGGCCCAGGUCUGGGGCUACCUGCGGGACAUCCUGCUGGCUCUGGCCCACCUGCAUGGCCAAGGCCUGGUCCACCUUGAUGUCAAGCCUGCCAACAUCUUCUUGGGGUCUCGGGGCCACUGCAAGCUUGGUGACUUUGGGCUGCUGGUGGAGCUGGGUUCAAGUGGAGCAGGCGAGGCCCAGGAAGGAGACCCCCGCUACAUGGCUCCAGAGCUGCUGCAGGGUUCCUGCGGGACCGCGGCCGAUGUGUUCAGCCUGGGUCUCACCAUCUUGGAAGUGGCCUGCAACAUGGAACUGCCCCAUGGUGGGGAGGGCUGGCAGCAGCUGCGCCAAGGCUACCUGCCCCCUGAAUUUACUGCUGGUCUGUCUUCUGAGCUGCGAUCUGUCCUUGUUAUGAUGCUGGAGCCCGACCCCCAGCUGCGGGCCACAGCUGAAGCCCUCCUGGCCCUGCCCAUGCUGAGGCAGCCACGUCCCUGGAGCAUCCUGUGCUGCAUGGCUACUGAAGCUCUGAGUCGAGGCUGGGCCCUGUGGCAGGCCCUGCUCACCUUGCUGUGCUGGCUGUGGCAUGGCCUGGCUCACCCUGGCAGCUGGCGGCAGCCUCCAGCCACACCCCCUGGCUCUCCACCCUGCAGCCCCCUUCAGGACAGCAGCCUUUCCAGCAGCUGGGACGAUGACAGCAUAGGGCCCUCCCUUUCCCCAGAAGCUGUACUGGCCCGGGUCACCAGGAACACCUCUAUGUGGGGCAGGUCCAUACCAAGGAAUAACCUGGACCUAAAUGACAUGGACUCAGAGCCUCCUCGGGCUUCCUGCCCCUCCUUUGAGCCUCGGAACCUCCUCAGCCUGUUUGAGGACUCUCUAGACCCAGCCUGAACCACAGGCCCAACCCAGCCUUGUUUUGUUUUUUUUUUUUUCCCAUCCUUGGAGUUUUUAACCUCUCACCCCCUUGCCUGCUUUGCCCCCUAGAAACCUUAUCUAAUAAAAAGUAUUGAAUCUUGGGACUACCCAAGUUUGCUCAUGUGGCA